ACAGAGGCUUGAGGACGGAUGGAGAGCGCAGUAAACACGAUAUCCAUCAGACGCUGCAAUACGCGCGUAUAACCAAGAUCAUCAUUCACCUCCACGGCUAAUGGGUCAUGAUUUGACUAACGCACAUGGCGCUGUUUACGUGCACUUAACAGGCAUAUGAGCGCAGUGGUUAGAGUGUGUGGGGGGUAUUCAGUGAGACCGGGUGCAGAGGGGGACCCCGUCCGGGGUGAAAGGAGGACCGUGCAGAUGCGGGGUAUUAAUAGGAUGUCUUGAGUGGCAGCGCCUCUACUCGUGGAGACUGCAGGGGCUUCGUGGCGAGUCGCCGAAAGAACAGGGGAACAGAAUAUACGCGCGCAGUCUAUUCACAUAAGGUUCGCAGUGGUGGUAACUCGUUGGAAACAUGGACGUGCUGGGAGCUCUCAAUCUGGGCGACAUUGCCCAGACUUUCUCCAAAAUGGGGAUGUUCCCCGUGUUUGACCUCGCUUAUUACAUCGUGUCCAUACUUUACCUCAAGUAUGAACCAGGGUCGGUGGAGGUGUCGCGCCGCAGCCCCGUGGCGUCCUGGCUCAGCGCCAUGCUGUACUGCUUCGGCAGCUACAUCCUGGCCGACGUGCUUCUGGGCGUCAGCCCCCUGGACUACUUCCAGUACAACAGCCACGUCCUGCUGGCCUCCGCCGUCUGGUACCUGCUGUUCUUCUGCCCCCUGAACCUCUUCUACAAGUGCGUGGCGUUCCUGCCCGUCAAGCUGGUGCUGGUGGCCCUGAAGGAGGUGGUCCGCGCGCGCAAGAUCGCCGCCGGUGUGCACCACGCCUUCCACGCCUACCACCACGGCUUCUUCAUCAUGGUCAUCGUCGGCUACGUUAAAGGCUCGGGCGUCGCCCUCAUCUCCAACUUCGAGCAGCUGCUACGCGGCGUGUGGCGGCCGGACACCAACGAGAUCAUGAACAUGUCAUUCCCCACCAAGGCCAGCCUGUACGGAGCCAUCCUGUUCACCCUGCAGGAGACCGCAUGGAUCCCCAUCGCCAAGAGCACCCUCAUCCUGCUCUUCACCCUGUUCAUGAUCACCUGCAAGGUGGUGAUGACCGCCCGCCACUCCCACGGCUCCCCCUUCUCCCUGAUCGAGUCCUGGGUGUGCCACCUGCUGUUUGGCUCCCCCCUGGGGGGCGCUGUGGAGGACCACCACGGGGCUGCCCCCGCCGCCCCCGCCACCCCCUCCUCGCCCGCCAAGAGCAAGGAGGAGCUCAGCGAGGGCACCCGCAAGAGGAAGGUGAAGAAGGCGGAGUAGGCAGCGCCACCUCGACGACGCUUCAUACCGGACCGCAGGAGGGAGGGUGAGGGAGGGAGACCACGCCCCCCCCCCCCCCCCCCCCCAAUGCCAAUUUCCUGAACCCCCCUCCCUCAAGCCAUCCUUCCAUUCGUCCUUAUCUCCUUCUGUCCUUCCCUCCGUCCACAAACGUCCUCUGAACUUCCCUCGGUGGAGAAGGCGCUGUCGGGCGUUUUGGCUCCCCCUAGUGGACGGGGGGGGGGGGGGGGUUUGGUGAGAGCCGUAACAUUUCAGCCAGAUGGUGCUUUCUGCAGGGUUUUUUUACACACAGGAACGAGGACUCAUGACCACAUGUUAUUAACACUCCCGACAUCGACUACAUCGCCGACAUCACCUCGAACCAUCGAUCGAUUCGCCGCAUUUACAGAUCAUCUGUCAAUACCCCCGUCUGUUCUCGGUGGAACGGGGUCCUGAACCUCAACGUGGUGUUCCGUUAAAAAAUUCUGUGUUUCUUCAAUUCAGCUUACAGCCGUCAACAGGUCGCACUACAGUCUUCUACGCUAACCUCGAAUCCUACUCUGAGAGCUGUGACAAAGGAAAAGCACAAUCUAAUUCUUAAUUAGACAAUACAAUGUGAAUGAAGCUUUGAUGCUUCUGAUGUGGAGAUGACACACCUUUCUAAUAAAGUCAAGACAAAAGUGGAAUCUUCUGGGUCUUAUCUUAUUUAUUU